AUACUUUCACCUACGUAUUAUUUUUUAGUUACUUGUGAUUUACUUGAGUAUUUCCAUGUUAUUUUUACCUAUACUUACAAGUUACCGGUACUCAACAAUACAGAGUCUAUGGUGUGAACGUGUGUCAGGUGAACACAUACACCUUUGGACCCGGAAGAAGGACAGAACAACACACAACUCCGAGUACAGAUGGAGCACAGAGAGCUGCAGCAGGAUCUGGAGGAUCAGUGGGGUCAGGUGGUUACCAGACUGCAGGGGAAGGUCUUCCAGUCGGACUGGGACAUCGCCUCCUUCACAGUCUUCUUCAUCUUCAUCGGCAUGGUUCUGCUGCUGGUCCUCCUGGUGCUUAUCCGCUGCUGCUGCUGCUGCUGCGAUGAUGAGAAGCCUCGCAGACACAAGGUGGGCAUCGAGAACAUGGCUCUGCAGCCUUGAACCCCCCCACCCCCCAGCUGCAUCCAGCACACACCACAUGAGUACGGGUGGAACCAGAAGCAGAGCCUCUGUCAACGUGCACACCAAAUGAAUACUUUUUUUCUAAUUAAUAACACUCUGCAGAUCUUCCGUCACAAACAGAAAACGCAUCUAUUUCAACUGUACCAUGGCAAUGAAGUUAUUGCUGAAAAAAACCAAAAAAACAAGCACUUGUUGAGUUAAUGUAGGCCGUGUAACUGAUUCACCAGCACUCACUAUGCUAUGAUUUAGCUUGAAGUGAAUAUAUCUGCACUUUCCUUGUUGAUCGGAGUUUGAUUCUUUAUGGUUUUUGCACUUAUUGUAAGUCGCUUUGGAUAAAAGCAUCAGCUAAAUGAUAUGGAAUGUAAUGUAACACAUCUGUAAAACUAAUAAUAAAAGGAUCAACUUUGCUCUA